GUGGAGCUGCGGCUGCACCUCGAGCCCAGCGACUGCAGCGACUUCGCCGACCAACACGCCGACAGCUUCCAGGCGGCGCUGCGGCAGCGGACUUCCCUACUGCUCGUCACCGUGUUGGUCCUGGCAUUCCCCGCCCUCUUGCUGGUGGCCUCGGUUCGGACCGCAUUCCGUAAAUCCAACGACUGCAGCCUCCCGGCUCUGAAGCAGGGCGCGCUGGGCAGGGCGCUGGACUGCUUCGCCGCACAGGACACGUGGCGCGCGCUCUGCCGCCGCCAGAGUUCCCACAUCCACUGCAUCCAGGGCCUGCGCACCCUCACCAUGUUCGGCAUCAUCAUGCUCCACCGCGUCCUCUGCCGGGCGAGUGUCCCGCUGCUCAAUGCGGACUACGUGGAGACGGCCAUCUCGCGAGUGGACAAGGUGGCAAUGAUGAACAGCACCGGCUUGGUCGCCACCUUCUUCGUCAUCAGCGGCUUCCUGGAGGCGUGGCUGCUCAUGAAGCACAACGCCAAGCACCGCCGCUUUAGCGUCGCGGUCCUGGUGCAGCAGUUCGCCAAUCGGUAUUUGAGACUGCUUCCGGCGCUCGCCGUGGCGCUGGCCAUCGAGACGCAGUGGCUGCAGUACAUGGGCUCGGGGCCCUUCUGGGGCCAAACGGCGGAUAAAGUGAUGCGGGACUGCCAGCAGUACUGGUGGACGCACUUCCUCUUCAUCAACAACUACGUCGCCCAGGGGUCGACUGUGAGUCUUUGAGUGUUGCCCCAGUAGUGUUGCCGCCGAAAAAGAAUUCCCUCGAUGCACCACUGUCCCCCAACUGUCGAAAGGGUUGCGAGCCUCGGCCAGCAUGCUCCCGAAUAGUUAUAUGAAGAAAACCAAAGAGCCUUGUGCAAACAUGUAAGAGACAAUUGACCCUUA